AUGAAAAUGCCAAGGAGCCACAGGAGGAGGCGUUCGUUGUACUCUAGAGAGAAUAGCGUCUCGAUUUAUUACUCUAGGUAUCCUCUUGAUGAACGUUAUGGCCGAGAUUAUUCGUCCACUAGUGAAAGACGGCAUGUUAGAAAAAGACAACGAAGUCGCAGUAGAUCUAAGGAUAAACAUARAUUUUAUUAUCGAGAUAGGAGCGAAACCAGUUCAAAAAGAUCGUACAAACGACGACACAAAUACCAUGAAGACAGUAUUGAUGGCUACAGUGUCCAUACGCAGCAGAGUAAUGAAGAGGAGCGAAGCAGAGGUUAUGCAAGUACCCGAGACGACAAAGAAGGACACCUGAUUUAUCAUAAAGGGGACAUACUGCACUCAAGAUAUGAAGUUAGAUGUUUAUUAGGUGAAGGAACAUUUGGAAAAGUACUGGAGUGCUAUGAUAAAAAAUCAGGGGACAUUGUUGCUGUCAAAGUUAUCAAAAAUAUAGAAAAAUACAGGGAAGCAGCCAAAUUAGAAAUCAAAGUGUUAGAAAAAAUUAAUGAAAGAAGUAGAUCUGGGAGAAGCCUGUGCAUAAAGAUGUUGGACUGGUUUAAUUAUCAUGGUCACAUGUGCAUUGUAUUUGAGAAAAUGGGCCUUAGUGUGUUUGAUUUUAUGAAGGAUAACAGCUAUGAUGCUUAUCCUUUACUUCAAGUGCAACAUAUGGCCUACCAGUUGCUUGUUGCAGUCAAAUUUCUACAUGACAUGAAGUUGACACACACAGAUCUCAAGCCAGAAAAUAUGCUGUUUGUUAAUUCAGAUUGUGAUAUUUUUUACGACAAAGAAAAGAAAAAAGAUGAAAGAUGCCUUAAGAAUUCCAACAUGAGGUUGAUAGACUUUGGAUCUGCUACAUUUGAGCAUGAACACCACAGUACCACAGUGUCAACACGUCACUAUAGAGCUCCUGAAGUCAUAUUGGAGCUGGGAUGGUCAUACCCUUGUGACAUGUGGAGUGUAGGCUGUAUACUAUUUGAGCUCUACGCAGGGUUCACACUCUUUCAGACCCAUGAGAAUAAGGAGCACUUGGCAAUGAUGGAAAGAAUACUUGGGCCAUUGCCAUCACACAUGAUCAAGAAAUCCAAAAAAACGAAAUACUUCUACAAAGGCAAGUUGGACUGGGAUGUGAGAUCAUCAUCAGGAAAAUAUGUACGAGAUAACUGUAAACCUCUCAAGAAAUACAUGUUAUCAAAAAGUGAGGAUCAUGAACUUUUCUUCAAUUUACUGGAUCACAUGUUGGAAUAUGAUCCCAGCAAGAGAAUAACUGCCAAGGAGGCCUUGCAACACCCUUUCAUUAAGUCCAUGUACUAUGAUGAAGGACGACACUCACACAGCAAGAGUAGAUGACUAGAGGAUUGUCCACACCCAUUUUAAAACGAUGUUUUGUACUUAUCUUAAAUUCAUCUUGCCAACCAUCUCACACUUAUGUCAACAAAACAGCUUAGCAUAAUUAGAAAUAGAUUCAUAAAUGGCUAAAUAGGAAGGGGCUGCACGGAAAAAAUCCACGAGGUGUACUAACAAAUUAUUAGYCCUAAAAGAUUGAUAUUUAAACACCAGAAAGCGAAUGAUUUUGUACUAUUUGGUGUUAUUAUAUUUUGUUGAGUUUAUUUUGUGCGUCGUAUAUCACUGCAAACUUUCGUACUAAUACCCAGUAUUCAAUCGUAAUGUUUAUCAUCGUGUGGCGAAAAACUAUAUCCCGUUGAAAGCCACCUUAAAUUUAAACUCAACUUUCAUGGGAAUAUUACAAAAGCAGGCUACUUUUCUCUUUUGAUUUGACUUCCAUGCGUGAUCUCACUCAAAGUUCAUAUUUCUGUGAUACUGUGACUUUCAAACUUAUUUGAACGUUUUUCAAAACACAUUGAGGGCUUCUACAAAUAAUCCUCGCGUAUUUCAGUGAAUGAUAGGAAGAGCUUUUCCACUUAUGUCUGCAGACGGUCAGACAAGUAUUACUGCACCUAUACUCCUAAAUUCCUGAAAGGAAAUGCUGCACUGCCAAAUUUAUAGUACUUGAUUAAAAAUAGCUUACUUUAGUUAAUAUAGCUGCAAGAUAUUGAAAAAGAUAAGAGUAUGGAACAAAUAUUUUUAUUAUUCAUCAACGGCAAAUUUUAUAAGCCUAUAGUUAUUUAAUAACAUUAUCUAUCUUAUAUAUUGUACAUAAAGACCUCCAGAAUCAUUAAAUAAAUAAGGAAUCAUAAA